GGUAUUAGUUGGUAUAUAAUUAUUGGUAUACGUCUAUGGUAUAAAUACAAAACAAUCAACAUGUUGAUGUUUAUUGAGUAAAUAGUAAAUUGUUAUCUAAGGCGUGACCCAACACUCGUUAAGUCGUAAAUAGCUAUUAGUUACCAUUUAAUUUGUUAUUAUUUUAAAUACAUUUUAGUUUUUCAUACCUAUAUCUUAGCAUAUAACUUACAUACCUUAGGUAUGUUUUUAUAGAUUUCGAUUUUUAUUUUUUUUACGGUAUUUUUAUUGAAUAUUGUAAGAUAUAACUAUUUAUAUUCAACAGCGUACGCUAUUAGUUAUCUAAGUAUUUUAAACCAAAGUAUUUUACCAUGAGUUCUGACAAAAUUGACUAUCCAAAAGCAUCGAAACUAAUUAGUGAUGCUGGUGUUAUCAUUUACAUUGGAGGAUUUCUCUUAAUCAUUGCAUUUAUAAGCCCUUAUUGGUUGGAAUCAUAUGAUGAAGCAUUCAUAAAUUUUAAGCACAUGGGUUUAUGGACAUACUGUUUUGAUCAUUUCCGAUAUCCUCACUAUCAAUUUGAAAAACUCUUUGAUGGUUGCAAUACAGUAUUCAGUGAAGAAUAUUACGUUAUUCGAGAAUGGCUAUUACCAGGAUGGCUAUUAUUUUUGGAACUUUGCAUGACUUUAGCAGUAUUGUUAUCACUUGGGACAUUAGCAAUAAUUGCUGCUGUUGUAACGAGAUAUCCACAACGUCUUGUACUUAAAUAUGAGUACAUGCUAUCGGCUGCAUGUUUCUUAGCGGCUGCAACUACUACUGUAUUGAUACUGUUUACUGUAUGCCUGUUCCCAUUCAACUGUUGGAGACGUGAUUGGCUCAUGUAUCCCAUGUAUAACCAUCUAUCGUGGUCAUUUUAUAUUGCUAUUGUAUCAGGUUUUGUGCAUGCUUAUGGAGCGUGGUAUUUAUUUCAGGACGCACAAAUUGCUUAUGAACAAAGAAGGGAGAGCAAAAAUUUAGUCAUGCAAAUGUAUCCUCCUCAUGAACGUAACUUCUAUGAUCAAUAACACUGAUAAACGUUUACUUUUAUAAGUUAUUUUAAAUAAAAGACAAAUCCGUCCAUUAGAAACAUAACAAUCUGUCCAUUAAUAUUAACUGUUUAAUUUUGUAUUUAAUAAUUUAGUUAAUGAUCUAUAAUUGUCUAUUAUUGUAGCAAUUCAUCUCAUCUAAAAAAGUAUAUUGUAACGCGUAAUUAAUUGUUUUGUGUAUUAUUAUUUUUUAAUUUAUUAAGAGAAUGUCAUAUCCAGAUAUUUUGCUUCAUAAUGUUACAAUCAUAACACAUUUUAUAAGAAUCCAUUUUACUCUGUUAUUUUAAAUUAGUGAAUUUACCAAUUUAAAUGUAAGAAUAUUAUCCAAGGCUUCUGACUGUGAAAUUAGGCCCUAUUGGCCUAAUGUCUGUUUGGUAACAUACUAUGUCAAGAUCGAAGAGAAGAAACCAGUUUGCCACCAUGGUGAAGAAGUAUAUUUUUAUUUUGGGGAGAGUAUUUAUAAUAGGAUGGAGACAAUACAAGCAUGUGCAACUUCCACUUUAAAGAAUUAAUUUUAAAUUAAAUUAAAUUAUUAUGUAAGUAAAAAAAAAUUGUGAAACCUAAAUGAUGAAAUUAAUUAAUUUUAUAUAAUAUUAUUUAAACUUUUAUUGUUUGGUACAGUGUAUAUAAUAUGUUAAAUACUAACUAGAACUUAAGUAUAUUAUGAAAUUGUUUCCUGUUAUUUUCUUAUAUACAUUGCACCAACUAUCACUAUUUUUAAACCGUUAUAUAGACUGUUAUACAAUAAUUAUGAUAUUUUAAUAUUAGUGUAAACAAUUAGAAUUAAUUAAUAACAUAUCGAUUCAUUUAUUUAUAACAAUACAUUAUUUUUAUGUUCAAGCUAUAAUUUUAAUAAAAUCAACUUAUUUUCAAGUGUAGUACAA